AUGUCGACCGUCUUCGAUAGUGUACGGUGGAUCACACAGAUCGUGCUCAGUGCCAUCUUUAUCAGCUACGCUCUAGCCGCGGGCAAUGAAGGCGAAUCGUGUGCGUACGGCAACGAGCCCGGAAUCUGCCGCGGCUACACCCUCUGUCGGCCAUUACUCGAAAGAUCGCGAAUAGUGAAGAUAUGCGGCUAUACUCCCCAACAGGCGAUCGUUUGCUGUCCGGUGGAUUACGUACAACAAUUGCAGCAACUAAACAACCCCAACCAGCGCACCAGCGAACGGAUGUGUCGGAAGUACCAGGGCCCAUCCAGUUCCUCCGUGCUAUUAGGUUCUUUAGCGGUCGGAUCAUCCGUAGUGAAAGUGAAACCACGCAAUCAAUGCCCGACCGAUCAGAACCUUAUCGUCGGUGGUACGGAGGCUCGUUACGGCGAGUUUCCUCACAUGGCCCGGUUGGCCAUGCCGGACGAAAACGGUAACAUGGCGUUCCGUUGCGGUGGCACACUCAUCAGUGAGCAGUGGGUUAUGACCGCGGCCCAUUGCAUUCAAUCACAAACGAUCAUAGUCCGGUUGGGUGAGCUUACGGAGGGUGACUAUAAAUUUAGUUUUCCGACCAAUGAGCGGGUGAUACGGAUCGUAAAGUAUCCCGACUACACGCGCAAAUCACGCACACACGAUAUAGCGCUACUGAAGCUGGCCAAUCCAGUAUCCUUUUCUACGAACAUUCGACCGGCCUGCUUAUACACCUCGCCAACAGUUGACCGAACGAAAGCAAUAGCCAUCGGAUUUGGCCUUACGGAAGCAUAUGGUGUGACCUCGAAGGAGUUGCUGAAAGUAACACUGAAUGUGUUCUCAACGCCAGCCUGUAAAGCGUACUUUCCGCGACUUCGGGAUACGAAUCUGUGUGCAGGCUACCUGGCCGGUGGCCGGGACACCUGUUCCGGUGACUCCGGUGGCCCGCUGCAGAUCACUACGAAUGAUGAGGCCUGCGUUGCACACGUUAUCGGUGUUACCUCAUACGGCGUAGCGUGCGGUUCGUCGAUACCCGCCAUAUAUACGCGCGUGUCGAAGUACGUUAGCUGGAUCGAAAGUAUUGUGUGGCCUACGGAGAAGGAUCUUCCAGUAUUCCAAGGAAUGAAAGUUUCAAAGAUUGACGAGAACAUUUGA